AUGGCAGCCUCCGAGACGGUUAGGCUACGGCUUCAAUUUGAUUACCCGCCGCCAGCCACCCCGGACUGCACUGUCUUCUGGCUUCUUGUCGACUUGAGUAGAUGCCGAGUCGUCACAGAUCUCAUUAGUCUUGUCCGCCAGCGCUUUGGCUUCAGUUCAGGAGCCUUCCUAGGCCUGUACCUGGAAGGGGGGCUCCUACCCCCUGCAGAGUCGUCCAGUAUCUAACUACAUCUGAGGAUAUCCUUCUGAAUUACUCACUCUAGCUGUCUUUCUUAUUCUUUUGACAGAGUUAAAUUAGAAGAGAGUGGAGUUACUGAGAGUUCUGUAGUGGCCAGUAAUGGUGACAAUACUCACAUAUUACCUAGAAAAGCAAAGAAGCGGGCAGUAAAGUUGAAGGAGGAUGAAGAAGAUGAGCUAGGUUACAAAUAUUCAAGGAAGCAUUGGAAGAAACAAGUGAACAGUAACGAUAAUGAGAAGGACCUGGACCUGGAACCAAAAGCUAUUAUAGAUCAGAAUGUGAGGAAAAAAAACAAGAGGAAAAACAAAGCCGCCUGUGGAUCAGUGGGUGAUGAUGAAGAGGAGACCAGAAGAAAAUCACCAAAGAAAAAGGAGAAAGGUGAAUGUAAAAGACAGAUAAAGAGUCCCAAGCCUCCGAAAGUACAGGCCAUGAAACAGUGGACCGUCCAGAGCCGCAGUGCUCCGGAAGGUUUGCCUGUUAGAAACAGCCUUGUUAGAGCCAAGCAGAAAGCUGGGCUGGGCGUCUGUGCAAAAACUAGCCCCAGUUCCUCCUCAGAGUCUGACUCUUCUCACGAAUCAACCAGCGAUGGUGUCGACAAUGGUGUUUUGGAGGUCAGAAAGUCCUCAGAGAAAAUAUCAACUGGCUUAUCAAAGGAAGGACCCUCUGUGAAAAACACAACUACAAACAAACCAGUUACAAAAACUAACUUCAGCCUCACUCCUGGCAAGGGCAAGGGCAAGGCAACCCAAACAUCAUCUUCCAGCUCAGACUCCAGUUCGGAGUCAGAUGACCAGAACACGAGGUCACAGAGACCCCAGGACUGUGCUGUAGGUUUCUUAAAGACAGUGGGCCUCUUAGCAGGAAGAGGUUGUCCAGGGCCAGUGUCAACGGCACAGACGCCAAGUGCUACUGGAUGGAAGCAUUCUGAUUCAAAUGGUGGCAGACAGGCCCCUGGCCCUCCUCCCAGCUUGUCUCUCCCCGCCAGUUUGGGAAGGGGAUUGGGAAGAGGAGAGGAUCUUCUUUCUUGGAAAGGAGCUAGGGGUCGGGGGAUGCGAGGGAGAGGUCGGGGACGAGGGCAAACCAUUCCCUGUAUUUUAAAUAGAAACAAUGAAUAUCAGAAGCAGCAGCAAUUAAAUGAAAUUAUAACCAAUUCAUCUACUAUUAUCCAGAAUCCAGUAGAGAUACUCAAGAAAGACUACAGUAUGUUACCACUGUUAGCAGCUGCCCCUCAAGUUGGAGAAAAGAUUGCAUUUAAGGAAGGAAAAAUAUUAAGCCACAAUCCAGAGACCCAGCAAGUUGAUAUAGAAAUCCUUUCAUCCUUACCUGCCAUGAAAGAACCUGGAAAAUUUGAUUUGGUUUAUCACAACGAAAAUGGAACUGAGGUGGUGGAGUAUGCUGUGACGCAGGAGAAGAAGAUCACUGUUUUUUGGAGAGACUUGAUUGAUCCAAGACUGAUUGUUGAGUCUGCAAGUAACAACACAUCAAGCACAGAACUUUGCUGA